AUGGCAACCCCAUGGCCCAAGGAUCAGCCCUGGCCAACGCCAUACCGAGAGCACGCCGCAGAACUAAGCACAUAUCUCCAGACAGCACUGAAGUCGAUCGACAUAGCAAACGGUCAACCUAUCCAGCCUCAAGGAGUCAGGGCCGCGUUUAGCGGGACCCUAGCACUCAUAGUCAAGAUACAGAACAUCCCCGACAUCGGUCACGUCCACCAGGCGAUUGAAGAUUUGCGGAUGGAGACAAAGGCAGCCAAUGAGAACACCACCCGAACCACAAGCAGCAUCAGAAUCACAAUCCAACAAAACACAGCCGAAAUCAAGGAGAACACAAGCACUAACAAGGACACUAACACAGCCGCCAAGGAGGCGCUGAAAGCCAGCGAUCUGACGGUCAAGAUGGAGUAA